AGACUGUUUCCUGUUCACAGUAGAGCCUUAGUAUCUUUUGUUCCGACCACAGAGAUUCUCUGUUGUUCUCAUUACUUCUUGUUUCUCAGCCUUCAGCUGUUGACAGACUUCAAUCAUCAACCGAAGAUGAAGGACUGGUUGGCAAGUUUUCCUCUGAAGAAAUUCAGCAUCUUCGCCGUCCUCAUUGUGGCUUUUGUCUACAAUGUCCUGUUUGAAGGAGAUGUGCCAUGCACCUGCAAAGAUGUUGGCAGUGACUGCGUUUUGUAUUUGGUUUUACCAAGUUUAAUUAUUUUUGCCUUGAUGAUAUGGACCGACGAGACCUGCUUCAAAGUAUGUAGAAUUUGCUGUUCCAGUAGAUGUUCCUCUUGUCAGAACGAUCAGCAGCAGAACGAUCAGCAGCAGAACGAUCAGCAGCAGAACGAUCAGCAGCAGAACGAUCAGCAGCAGAACGAUCAAGUACCAAGAUGUUUAUUUGGUAAACCACUCUGUAGUUCCAUUUUCAAAGCCUUUCUUGUUAGCUUGCUGUGGAUUCUGUCGGUGUUGAUCGAUGGAGAUUGGGUUGUCUGUUGUUUGAAUGACGGUUCUGAGCAACAGUCACAGUUAGCCUGCAAAGAAAAAAACAACAUCACAGCCACGGAAAAAUUUAUCAUCACACGACUGAAAAAUACAUCCAGAUACGUGGGCUUUGGUGGAGUCCUCUUGGUCCUUCUGUUACUAAUAUUUAUUAAAGUAUUUGAUAAGAAGAAAUGCUGCUGCAACUUCUGUAAUUGUGACAGAAGGAGGAUCUAUUACAAGAUGGUUCUUGAAGAGAAUGAAGAGGUUCUGAAAAAUGAAUUAAGAGAAGCUGCAAAGCGUGAUCUGACUGAAAAAAUCCAAAACAGAAUACAGCAAGACAAAUGGGAGGAAUGUUUUGAGGUGGCUGAAGAGAUGAUUAGAAACGGCUGCAGACCAAAAAUUGUUCAAAAAACAGAGCAGCAACAAGAUCGUCAACAAGUUCAGCAACUUGUCCCACCACCAGAGCAGCAACUAGACCUGCAACAGGAGCAGCAACCACAGCAGCAGCAACAAAACCAGCAACUGGAGGAGCAACAAGACCAGCAACAAGAGCAGCAACAAAACCAGCAACUGGAGGAGCAACAAGACCAGCAACUGGAGGAGCAACAAGACCAGCAACUGGAGGAGCAACUAGACAAGCAACAAGAGCAGCAACAAAACCAGCAACUGGAGGAGCAACUAGACCAGCAACAGGAGCAGCAACAAAACCAGCAACUGGAGGAGCAACAAGACCAGCAACUGGAGGAGCAACUAGACAAGCAACAGAAGCAGCAACAAAGCCAGCAACUGGAGCAGCAACCAGAGCAGCAGCAACAACACCAGCAACUGGAGCAGCAACUGGAGCAGAAACAAGACCAGCAACUGGAGCAGCAACAAGACCAGCAACUGGAGCAGCAACAAGACCAGCAACUGGAGCAGCAACCAGAGCAGCAGCAACAAAACCAGCAACUGGAGGAGCAACAAGACCAGCAACAGGAGCAGCAACUGGAGCAGCAGCAAAACCAGCAACUGGAGCAGCAACCAGAGCAGCAGCAACAAAACCAGCAACUGGAGGAGCAACAAGACCAGCAACAGGAGCAGCAACAAGACCAGCAACUGGAGCAGCAACAACACCAGCAACUGGAGCAGCAACUGGAGCAGAAACAAGACCAGCAACUGGAGCAGCAACAAGACCAGCAACUGGAGGAGCAACAAGACCAGCAACAGGAGCAGCAACUAGACCAGCAACAAGAGCAGCAACAAAACCAGCAAAUGGAGGAGCAACAAGACCAGCAACAGGAGCAGCAACAAAACCAGCAACUGGAGGAGCAACAAGACCAGCAACAGGAGCAGCAACAAGACCAGCAACAAAACCAGCAACUGGAGGAGCAACUAGACAAGCAACAGGAGCAGCAACAAAGCCAGCAACUGGAGCAGCAACCAGAGCAGCAGCAACAAAACCAGAUACUGGAGGAGCAACAAGACCAGCAACUGGAGGAGCAACUAGACAAGCAACAGGAGCAGCAACAAAGCCAGCAACUGGAGCAGCAACCAGAGCAGCAGCAAAAACACCAGAUACUGGAGGAGCAACAAGACCAGCAACUGGAGGAGCAACUAGACAAGCAACUGGAGCAGCAACUAGACCAGCAACUGGAGCAGCAACAAGACCAGCAUCAGGAGCAGCAACCAGAGCAGUAGCAACAACACCAGCAACUGGAGGAGCAACAAGAUCAGCAACUGGAGCAGCAACUAGACCAGCAACUGGAGCAGCAACAAGACCAGCAACUGGAGCAGCAACAACACCAGCAACUGGAGCAGCAACUAGACCAGCAACUGGAGCAGCAACAAGACCAGCAACACGAGCAGCAACCAGAGCAGCAGCAACAACACCAGCAACUGGAGGAGCAACAAGACCAGCAACACGAGCAGCAACACGAGCAGCAAACAGAGCAGCAACAACACCAGCAACUGGAGCAGCAACUAGACCAACAACGGGAGGAGCAACUAGACCAGCAACUGGAGCAGCAACAAGACCAGCAACACGAGCAGCAACCAGAGCAGCAGCAACAACACCAGCAACUGGAGGAGCAACAAGACCAGCAACACGAGCAGCAAACAGAGCAGCAACAACACCAGCAACUGGAGCAGCAACUAGACCAACAACGGGAGGAGCAACUAGACCAGCAACUGGAGGAGCAACUAGACCAGCAACUGGAGCAGCAACCAGAGCAGCAGCAACAACACCAGCAACUGGAGGAGCAACAAGACCAACAACGGGAGGAGCAACUAGACCAGCAACUGGAGCAGCAGCAACACCAGCAACUGAGACCGUAACAUCAUGAUGCACUGGAACCAUUAGCUUGUCCUGCUGCUCUAAACUGGUAUUGCUGGAGGAUAUUUCACAUUUAUUGUAUUAUUAUUUUUUAAUGGUUCCAUAUAUUUGACCAGUGGUGAUUUCUGUCUCAUCUAUCCAUCCUGUAGCUGUGUUGUGUUUAUAUUUUGGAUUUGUAAUAAGUGUCUGAGCUCAGGGCUCCUGCAGCUGAACGACUGUUCCUUCAGAUUUUCCUUUAAAACAGAAAAGAAUCAUUUUUUAUUUUUUUCAUUAUCUAACCCUCUUUACUAUUAACAACAUUUAAGGGAAAAAAAUCAAAUCAUCUUGUCUGUAGCGAGUCUGUGUGAAUCCUGGACGUCUGCACAAAGCCUGAAUCUCAUUGGUCAGUUUACUUUUGGCAGCUUGGAGUUUUUUCUGUAAGAUAAAAUGAACAAGCAGAGUUUGAAUCCUCCCGUAGUUCUAAGAUCAGUUUUUCCGUGUUUUUAUCAUGUGCAGUUCUGGCGAGUCGUUGGUUUAGGAGAUGUGUGUGUGUGUGUGUGUGUGUGUGUGUGUGUCAUCAUUACAUCACUGGUGCAUUCACACCAGUGAUGUAAUGAUGACAAAACCUUCAUCCAAACGUUUCGUGCUUUGAUUGGUCCGUUUGUCUCCAGAUGUUCUCGGCUGCAGGAGUUUCUCCUCUUUCAUUUUUUCCAGAAAUGGAAUAAAAUCCGUUCCACCAUC